GCAGAAUAUUUAGAUUCCAUGCUGUUUUCAAUAAUAAAUAAAACAUGAUUAAUGCAUGCCAAUCUAUGUAUUAUAAUUAUUUACUAAUAAAAUAAUAUCCGUUUUAUUUUGUAUUUACUAUUUCAUUUAUAUAAUUAAUCUGUUCAAUGUAAGAGAGGUGAUAGCGCUCGAAAAAUAAGCUGAAGUUGUAAAAUCAAAAUCGCCUCUCUCUUUUGGUCAACACCAUUGCAUAAAGUAUAGGCGGUGGCUUGUGGAUGGUUCCUCUGCUUCUGGGUCGCGUAUAUAAACUUGAGACUCAAGAUUCCAUUUUUUAUUCCUCCAACAUUCAAAUAUGGUUUACCAUAGAGAGGAAAAGUCAUAUCAUUUCCUUCUUAUCUCUUAUAAGAAAAUAUAUGAUCAAAACUCCCCUAUAAAUACAUAGGUUUCGGAGUAUCCUAAGAAAAUCAAACCAGGAAACAAAAACACUCUUACAUAUCCACAAUGAAGAAGAACAACAGGAACAUUAUGAAGAUGAGUUCGGCACAAGAAAGUGGUAAUGGUACUACUAACAUCGUGAUCACAGAGACGAGGAAUAAGAAGGUAGAGAGGAACGCAUCAAUGGACGUGGACCAAUGCGCGGAAGCUUUCAUCACAAAUUUCAGAAAGCAGCUUCUUCUACAGCGUCUGGAAUCCAUCGAAAACAUGCUCUCUAGGGGGCUUUAAUACUAUUUGUUAAUAAACACUUGUAUGUAUGUAUAAUGUGUUACUCCUUUUAUGUAUUAUUUCUUCUUUUUCUUUUAUAUGCGCUAACUACCACGGUCUAGAAUGCAUUAACCGAGAGAGAAAUAAUAUAUAGGUUUAUAUGGUUU